AUGUCGGCGGCGGUCGCAUCCAACGGCGACGUUGACAAGCUCGCAGAGGGAGUCCAGGCAGUCAGCAUUGAUGUCGAGAAGCUGCACCCGCUCAGCCCAGAGGUCAUCAGCAAGCAGGCCACCAUCAACAUCGGCACCAUCGGCCACGUAGCCCACGGAAAGUCGACGGUCGUCAAGGCCAUCUCGGGCGUUCAGACCGUCCGCUUCAAGAACGAGCUGGUCCGAAACAUUACCAUCAAGCUCGGCUACGCCAACGCAAAGAUCUACAAGUGCGAGCGGGAAUCGUGCCCAAGACCCCAAUGCUACCGCUCCUACCCGUCGGACAAGGAGGCCAACCCGCCCUGUGAGGUGCCCGGCUGCGACGGCAAGAUGCAGCUGCUGCGCCACGUCUCGUUCGUCGACUGCCCCGGCCACGAUAUCCUGAUGGCCACCAUGCUCAACGGUGCCGCCGUCAUGGACGCCGCGCUAUUGCUCAUCGCCGGCAACGAGCCGUGCCCGCAGCCGCAAACAUCCGAGCACCUCGCCGCCGUCGAGAUCAUGAAGCUGCAGCACAUCAUCAUCCUCCAAAAUAAGGUCGACCUGAUCCGCGAGCAGGCCGCCGAGGAGCACUGGAAGUCGAUCAUCAACUUUGUCAAGGGCACCGUCGCCGACGGCGCACCCAUCGUGCCCAUCUCGGCCCAGCUCAAGUACAACAUCGACGCCGUCAACGAGUACAUUGUCAAGCGGGUGCCCGUGCCCGUCCGCGACUUUACCUCGUCGCCGCGGUUGAUCGUCAUCCGAUCGUUUGACGUCAACAAGCCCGGUUCCGAGGUCGACGAGCUCAAGGGCGGCGUCGCCGGUGGCUCGAUCCUGUCGGGCGUGCUCAAGGUCGGCCAGGAGAUCGAGGUGCGACCGGGCAUCGUGACCAAGGACAACGAGGGCAAGAUCCACUGCCGCCCCAUCUUUUCCAAGGUCGCCUCGCUCCUCGCCGAGCACAACGACCUCCAGUUUGCCGUGCCCGGUGGCCUGAUCGGUGUCGGCACCAAGAUCGACCCCACCCUCUGCCGAGCCGACCGACUCGUCGGCCAGGUCCUCGGCGCCGUCGGCCAGCUGCCGGCCAUCUACACCGAGCUCGAGAUCAACUACUUCCUGCUGCGAAGGCUGCUCGGCGUCAAGUCGGACGACAAGAAGCAGACAAAGGUGCAGAAGCUGGCCAAGAACGAGGUGCUCAUGGUCAACAUCGGCUCCACGUCGACCGGAGGAAGGGUCAUGAGCGUCAAGGCCGACCUCGCAAAGAUCUUCCUCACCAGCCCGGCGUGCACCGAAGUCGGCGAGAAGAUCGCCCUGUCGAGACGUAUCGACAAGCACUGGAGGUUGGUCGGCUGGGGUACCGUGCGCCGCGGCACGACGCUCGAGGCCGAGACCAACUGA